GCCUGCUACCGCGUGGAGUGGGCCAAGUUCCAGGAGCGAGAGCGGAAGAAAGAAGAAGAGGAAAAAGAGCGGGAGCGCGUCGCGUACGCCCAGAUUGACUGGCACGAUUUCGUGGUGGUGGAGACGGUGGACUUCCAGCCUUCGGAGCAAGGGAACUUUCCUCCCCCCACGACCCCUGAGGAACUGGGCGCUCGGAUUCUGAUCCAGGAGCGCUACGAGAAGUUUGGGGAGAGCGAGGAAGUGGAAAUGGAAGUGGAAUCGGACGACGAAGACGAGAAGCAAGAAAAGACUGAAGAGGGACCAUCGCAGUUAGACCAGGACACCCAGGUUCAGGACAUGGACGAGGGCUCGGACGAAGAGGAUGAGAACCAUAAAGUCCCACCUCCUCCAGAAACCCCAAUGCCGCCUCCUCUGCCUCCGACUCCGGAUCAGGUCAUUGUCAGGAAGGAUUACGAUCCCAAAG